UUAACAUAAGCGUGGGAUAAGUGUUAACUUAUGCACCCUCGUACAGGCGGCACAGCUUCGUACCCCGUUCUUUUUCUCACUGACAACCCUAACCUAAAGUCUCCGCUGCGCACAGCUGCUCCGCCGUGACUCUGUGGUCGACGGUAUAAAAUUGUGUUAUAUGCAUUGUUGCAGAUGAAGGUGAAAAAGCAGAAGAGGCACAGGAAGAUUUUGACGUUUUACACUGCUUGCUUCGGUUUUCGGAAGCCUUACAAGGUUCUAUGUGAUGGCACAUUUGUUCAUCACCUUCUUGUGAAUCGAAUAACCCCUGCUGACACGGCCAUUGGCAAUGUCCUCAGUGCUACGAUCAAGCUCUACACAACAAGAUGUGUUCUAGCUGAGUUGAAACGACUUGGUAGCUCGUAUUCUGAGGCUCUCGAGGCAGCUCAUAAACUUAUAGUUGCAAGAUGUGAGCAUGAAAAAUGUAAGAGCGCAGAUGCUUGCAUCAUGGAGGUUGUUGGAGAAAAAAAUUCUGAGCAUUUCUUUGUUGCUAGUCAGGACACUGACCUGCGGAAACAGUUGCAAGAGGUACCUGGUGUGCCUCUCAUAUUUGGUCUUAGAAAUGCUCUUUUCCUUGAAUCUCCAUCUGCAUUUCAGCGGCAAUAUGUCAAAACUUCUGAAGAAGGACGAUUACAUAUGACACAGAAGGAGUACCAGAUAUUUAAGGAUAGGGUAAUGAAUAGAUUGACUGGUGAGGAAGCCAACAAUUCCAUUACUGAAAUAAUGGAAAUUGAAGAUUCAGAAGAUCAGACCAUAAAUGUGCAGGCAGUAGAGAAGGGUAUUACCUCAAGGAAUCGUAUGGAAAUCAAGGAUGAACCUCAGUUCAAGAGAAAAAGAGCUAAGGGUCCAAACCCACUUUCAUGCAAGAAGAAGAAAAGUGAAAAACAAAAUAUUGGUCCUUUGAAGGAAACGAAUGAAGACAACACAGUGAAGAGAAGUAGGAAAAGGAAGAGGUCACAUAAACAAAAAAUGGCAACAGAAACAAGCAGUUAGGUCCAUAUAUAUAUAUAUAUAUAUAUAUAUAUAUAUACACAGUUACAAAUAGGUAUUUUUAGAAGAGCUCCUUGACUUUACUGCUUCUGUUGAGUCGAGAGAAAAGCAAGUUUUAAAUCCAUGCUGACAUGGAAGGGGAAGUGUAUCGAGAUUAGUUGCUUGUUGAAUUUUAUACUGUGUCUAUUUUGCUGGCUAUCGUAUUUUUACCUACGGAUAGCCAAAUAGCCGUUGUUCACGGUGGAAAUAGAUUCUGAUAUUUAUGAUCUUAAUUAGAGAUGUAAAUAGGUUGGUUUGGAUUGAAUUUGAUCAAAUUCAUGAUUCAAUCCAAUUACAUUUGAAAGGUUUGAGUCGAUUUUUCUAAGAGAAAAAAAAUGAAAUUCAACUCAAAUUAAUUCGUUUGUA